ACCACGCCGCCCCAGAGCCAGGGGUGCUGAUGCCUCGGCCAGGAAGUGUCUGGUCAUGGAUGCAGACGACGAGGCCGUCCUGAACCUCAUUGCUGAGUGCGAGUGGGACCUCAGCAAUCCGCCCGGGAGCUCCAGCGCCAGUCAGAAGGAGCACGAGACCGGCCUCUCUGGUUCCCAAGAAUCCCGACAGCUGUUGAGCCCUCCGCCGGUGCAGCACCAGCACGGGGACUCUACCAGGCAGGGCCCUGACAAGAGGGCCAUUAGCUCUCGGAGCUGCCGUGCAGAGAGGACGCACCAGAGCUGUGGAGAGGGCCCCCCGCGGCGCGGAGCGGAGAAGGCUUGCCAUGCCUGCAGGCCUCAUGCACACGCCGCCCUACGCCCAGUGCCUGCCAUUUCCACGACCACCGGUUCCUCGUCUAGCCUCUUGUCCGCAACUCCCCGCAGCUCACAUGGGGCGCUUGCUCCAGGGCCCUUCCUGCCCUCUCCCUCCUCCUCUGCACGUCUGUGUCUCUGUGCAGACUCCACGGAUGCUGAGGACUCAGCAUCUUCUCAGAAGUCAAGUUUGUUGACACAGAAGGCGUUCGAGCCACUGCCUGUUUCUGAAAAGCAUGGGAAGCAAAGGAUGCCUGGCAGAAGAUUCCAGGUGCCCUCAGACCACGGGUGUCUGAGCUGCCUGGAGGGGACUCACAGGCCCCCCAGCCCUGAGGAGAGUCCAAGCAGAUGGGACAGCUCAGGAGGCAGGAGCGAGAGGACCUUUUCUCGGUCCGGGGCAUCAGAGAUGGAGGAGCAGAGGCUGCAGGGCCCAACAGAUGCCCAAGAGGUGAGGGGGGACCCGGGGCAGGCAUCAGCUCCGCCUGGGAAGAAGGCAGCCCGGGAGGCAGUGCUCCUGGAGGCCCUGCUGGACCUGGUGGACACGAACCGGGCCAGCUGCCAGUCCCUGCACAGCAGCAAGGUGUUCCCAGCUCAGGCAAGACAUGUUUUUUCAUCUGUUCAAGAACGUGUGGCCGCGCAGGACAUGUCCACGGCUGUGAGUGACGAGAUGCGCCGUCUGGCCCUGGAAAACCAGGUUCUGCAGCGUCGCCUCCUGGAGCAGCAGCCUGCCCCAAGAGAGGACGUGGUGGCCUCAGAGCUGGACAACACGCAGAGGGAGCUGGAUGACGUGAGACAACGGCUAGACGAGGCUCUGGAGGAGAACAGUAGCCUGAAAUCUCUCUUGUUCAGCAUGAGAAAAGAAAUAAGAAGUGCAGAUGCUUCAGCGACACUGACUCUGCAGAUCACUGAACUUCAGACAAGUGUGAAGAGGCUCUCUGGCGAGAUUGUGGAAUUGAAGCAGCAUCUGGAGCACUAUGACCGGAUCCAGGAGCUCACCCAGAUGCUGCAGGAGAGCCACAGCUCCCUGGUGAGCACCAAUGAGCACCUGCUGGGGCAGCUGAGCCAGGCGCGGGCCCGGCACCAGGCUGAGAUGGAGCAGAUGCACUGGAGUUACCAGGAGCUCAAGAGGACAAUGGCCCAGUUUCCCCACAGCGGCACCAGCCUGGCUACCCGCCAGCCCUGCAACCCCUGA